AUGACGGGUGAAAGAGCACCUACUCUUGUGAGUUUAAAGGGAAAAAUGACUUUAUGUUCAUCACAAGAGACUAUACCUAAAUCAAAAUUCAGGGAGGAUUCUAGCCUUUUUUCCAUGACUGAGUUCACAAGUGCCUUAAAAGAGACGGGUGUUGCAUAUGCUUUAAUUGACAAGGGGCUUGAGAUGAAAGGUGUGGAUGUUCUAGAGGAGUGUGUAGUGGUAUACUUUGAUGAUAUUCUCAUAUAUAACACUGAUAUGAACUCGCAUUUGUUGCAUCUUCGAGAUGUACUUAAGACUUUGCGUAGGGAUCAACUUUAUGCAACUACGAAGAAGUGUAUCAUUGCCACAGAUCGGGUUUUAUUCCUUGGGUAUACCAUUUCAAGGGAAGGAGUUUCUGUAGAUCCUAAGAAAGUUCGUGCCAUUAUUGAGUGGCCCAUCCCCAAAACACUUGUUGAAGCACAGAGUUUCCAUGGUGUUGCAAACUUUUAUCAGCGAUUCAUUAGCAACUUCAGCAUUGUUAUGGCACCAUACACAAAUUGUAUGAAGACCAAUACCAAUUUUUUGUUCAUUAUUGAAGCAGAAAGGGCCUUCAUUGAGAUUAAGGUACGAUUGAUAGCUGCACCCGUGUUAGCCCUUCCCAACUUCAAGCAACCCUUUGAGGUUGAUUGUGAUGCCUCUAAGGUUGGAGUCAAUGUUGUUCUCAGCUGA